AUGGAUGUGAAAAAUAAAAAGUCAAAGGGGUUAAAUAACAUUAUCUUUCGAAAAAGUCUCGCUAGGUUACCAUCCCCACUAGAUCGUAAAAUCUUUCAAAAGACAUGUAUAAAGUACAGAAAUUCACACCGUCCUUCUACGAUAAAAUCUCAAUCAAAUCUUCGAAUUCCUUAUGUAGGAGAAACUUCUCCUAAUGAGAUGAAGUUUGAGCAGCUACUGAGUGUAAAAUAAGGUGUUCCCAACUGCGAAUCCUUUCUCAAUUAAUCGCAUAAAAGCAUUAACUGCUGAAGGGAUCAAGAAAAAGGCUCAGGAAAGUCAAAGCAAAAGAGGUAGCUGAGAUAUACAGUCACAAGAAGCCAAGAAUAUAUCAACUAAGCAAAGUAGUACUGAUAAAAUUUCCUAUGGAAAAGCACCCCAAAGACGUAUCAUCUAUGCUUCUCGGUCUAAGAAAAUCAACCAUGAGUCUGAGUACUUCAUUCGUUGCGCUAUGUCUCCAAAUUACUCAAAGGCAGAUUUUGUCUCAAGAUACAAAAGAAAUCAACCACCAAAAGAGAAACCUGUCAGUAAAGGGAAGUUAUUUAGAGAAGAAAAGGAAACUUUUCACAAAAAUAACGGAGUUAGAACAGGCACUAUGUUUAAUAGUAGGAACAAUUCUAAGCUUUUAAUCCAAAGAAAGACUAUGUCGAAGUCAAUCAAAUCUAUUGACAAGAUCAAGGAUGUCCAAAACUCUUUUAGAAGAAUCAAGAGCACCCAGAGGAAUAGAAAUACUAGUCAGAAAUAGCACUUCACAGAUCCAGAAUCAUAAGAAACUAGCUACUAAUAUUAACUCUAAAUAACCAGGAUGCCAGCUCAAGGCUUGAGAGAGUAAUGCAAGCUAUGCUGAAAUAAGUCUUCCAAGUUGAAUUCAAUUCUCGCAACGGAUCUCUCCUCGAACGAAGAAUGUUUCAAUUACAGAAAUACUGCCAACAAUUUCGAGAAGAUGAUCUCUCAAUUUAGUAUCCACAAGAUCACCAAUACACCCACACUAAAAGAUCUUGAGAGGAUAAAGAGGCCAACUAGCUGAACUUCUUCCAAGCCAGCUAAGAAGAAACUUAAUAAGAACAUUAUUAAAGUUAAGUUAGAAUAUUUCAAAUCAAAAUUCCAGGAAAUUUUACAAAAUCAGAAGAACAGAAGAGAACAGAUGCAGGAUUAGU